GGAAUCAGUGGCCGGAAGGACCCGAUCGCCGGGAGGCUGUCGUCGGCGGUGCCCGAAGCUUCUCCAGGUGUUUCCGGAAAGAGCCGAACAUUUCCGGAGAGACCCGAUUUCGUCCCGAAGUCGCCUCGGAUAUUUCCGAGCCUCCCCGAUCCUUUCCCGGAGAUCCCCGAAGCGUGGCCGGAGGCGCCCGAAGCCGCCUGGCCCCGGCCUUGCGUGAGGAGGAGGAGGCGGCGGCGGCGCGGCGAAGCGGGAGGAGAUGAAGAGCGGCCGGGAGCGGGGCUAGCGAGGGCCCGAGCGGAGCCGGACGGAAACCCCCCCCCUUUCCCCCAUUGCGCGGCGGGGCCAUGGCGGCCAAUAUGUACCGGGUGGGGGAUUAUGUCUAUUUUGAGAAUUCCUCCAGUAACCCUUACCUCGUCCGGCGCAUCGAGGAGCUCAACAAGACAGCCAAUGGCAAUGUGGAGGCCAAGGUGGUGUGUCUCUUCCGGCGCCGGGAUAUCUCCAGCAGCCUCAACAGCCUGGCUGACAGCAACGCUCGCGAGUUUGAGGAGGAGUCGAAGCAGCCAGGGGUGUCCGAGCAGCAGCGGCACCAGCUGAAGCAUCGCGAACUCUUCCUGUCGCGCCAGUUUGAGUCACUGCCAGCCACCCACAUACGGGGGAAAUGCAGCGUCACGCUGCUCAACGAGACUGACAUCCUCAGCCAGUACCUGGAGAAGGAGGACUGCUUCUUCUACUCGCUGGUCUUUGACCCUGUCCAGAAGACGCUUCUGGCCGACCAGGGGGAGAUCCGGGUCGGCUGCAAGUACCAAGCUGAGAUCCCUGACCGGCUGGCUGAAGGCGAGUCGGACAAUCGGAACCAGCAGAAGAUGGAGAUGAAGGUCUGGGACCCCGACAACCCACUGACUGACCGGCAGAUCGACCAAUUCUUGGUGGUGGCUCGGGCCGUCGGGACCUUUGCUCGAGCUCUGGAUUGCAGCAGUUCCAUCCGGCAGCCCAGUCUGCACAUGAGUGCAGCCGCCGCCUCCCGGGAUAUUACGCUGUUCCACGCCAUGGACACGCUGCAGCGGAAUGGCUAUGACCUGGCCAAGGCCAUGUCGACGCUGGUGCCCCAGGGGGGCCCAGUGUUGUGCCGUGACGAGAUGGAGGAGUGGUCAGCCUCAGAGGCCAUGCUCUUUGAGGAGGCGCUAGAGAAGUACGGCAAGGACUUCAAUGACAUCCGACAGGACUUUCUGCCCUGGAAGUCCCUGGCCAGCAUCGUGCAGUUCUACUACAUGUGGAAAACCACCGACCGCUACAUCCAGCAGAAAAGGUUGAAGGCAGCUGAAGCUGACAGCAAACUGAAGCAGGUCUACAUCCCUACCUACACUAAACCUAACCCCAAUCAGAUCAUCUCGGUGGGCUCCAAGCCUGGCAUGAACGGGGCUGGCUUCCAGAAGGGGCUGACCUGCGAGAGCUGCCACACCACCCAGUCAGCACAGUGGUAUGCCUGGGGCCCGCCCAACAUGCAGUGCCGCCUUUGUGCCUCCUGCUGGAUCUACUGGAAGAAAUACGGGGGGCUGAAGACCCCGACGCAGCUGGAGGGAGCCGCCCGCAGCGCCACGGAGCCGCACUCCAGGGGCCACAUGUCAAGGCCUGAAGCCCAGAGCCUUUCUCCCUACACAACCAGCGCCAACCGGGCCAAGCUGCUGGCCAAGAACCGCCAGACCUUCCUGCUGCAGACCACGAAGCUGACCCGCAUUGCCCGCCGCAUGUGUCGCGACAUCCUGCAGCCACGCCGUGCUGCCCGGCGCCCCUAUGCCCCUAUCAAUGCCAACGCGAUCAAGGCUGAGUGCUCUAUCCGGCUACCCAAGGCAGCCAAGACCCCCCUGAAGAUUCACCCCCUGGUGCGGCUGCCACUGGCCACCAUCGUCAAGGAGCUGGGCUGCUCUGACAUGAUGCUGCUAGCCAAGCUUCAUCUCCCCCAGCACAGGACUGGCUCAGAUUGGUAUAUUGCCUUACAAGACAGACAUGCACAUCAUUGUCCCAAUUCGUACCAUCGUCAUUAAACUGAUGGACAGAAGCUCUGCAUCUCCAUCCUUCCACCAACAAAGACCUCAAUCCCAGAUACUUCUGGGACAGACUGAGGUGCUCGGAUGGACCAACUUCAGAUAGGGGAACCAUUGUCUCUGGGAGAGAUGAGACUGCAUACAAAUGUCUCUCUAGUUGCUGGAUCUCAUUUAAACGUCACCUCUGCCUUCAAGAGCACUACCUGAUUGUCCUGACAUAGUAUCUCAGAAUUGUGGCCAGAUUCUCCAUCCGGACGCAAACAUCUAACUACCUGCUUGUGUUAGCUGGCUAAGGGCUGCUGAUAGAGCCUGUUCAUUGCAAGUCUGAGGACUGAUUUUACCAAGCCUAAAGCCCUCAACAAGGAAAACCAACUUCUCACAAUGGAGAAGAUUCUCAGUCUGGGAGCUCCAUGCAGCCAUGGCUCUUUGGAAAGCCCUGGUCACAAGAUUGACUGUUGUCUGCAUCUGAAUCUCUGUGGACUUUAGAUCAGUUCGGUCAAGGUCCACCUUGGAACAGCUAGCGCAUGCCAGCCCAGUCCAGUCAUGUGGUGUAUUCUCUCCCCUACUGUUCCUCCAACAGUUAAAAAGCCAAAUAAAGGCCUGGAAGGGCUCAUGUUCUCUUCAGCAUGUUACUGUCAAAGUGGCUCUUCUGGUGGCCAUUCCAUCAGCCAAGCAGGUGGGCAAACUCUAAGCCCGCUGACUGCCCCAAUAUACCAUGUUUCAUCCAGAUCAGGUGGUGGCAAGACUACGUCCUAAAGUUGUUUUAAGAUUCCCACUGAAUCCAGAGAGUGAAUUUCCCUAUUUUCUUUCCUAAAUACAAUUCCUCUUGGGGCAAAAGAAGCAGCUCCACUCUGGAGAGAUCUCUAGGGCCCUGAUCUCUUACCUAGAAGGACCAGUCUCCCCGCCUUUUGGUUGCAUUAAAUGGCACCACUAAGGGACAAGUGGUCUCUUCCCAGAGCCCAUCUAAAUGGUUUCCCCAGUGGAUUCCAGUGUUAUCACAUGGCAGGCGUUCCCUCUCCCCAGGUAUCACAGCUUUUUCAGCCAGAGGUCUGGCUGCCUCCUCUGCACGUUUCAAGAACCCUCCUGUUGGAGUAACCCACUGCCCUGUGCCCACAGCUGUGUCCCAGACUGGCCUUUGAGCCCAGAAGCCAGGUUCAGAAAGGCCAUGUUCCAAUCAUUGUUCAGGGCCACUGAUGGCACCUGGGAGGGGGGACUGCUGGCCAGUCACCUAGGAUGAGAUCCAUGCAGGGGCACACACAAGGGAACAGAGGGAUGGUCAUGGCCACACCGUCCUUCAUACCCUUAGGUGUGCAGAGAGGGAACAUGGGCAGGACACUGGCAUGGCCCCAACAGGCACCGCUGGGCAAAUGAUUCCCAUCUCGCUUGUGGAGCUCAGACACUUAGAGGGGGAUUCCUAUGAACACCACCAUCCCCAAGCCCCCCAGUUAAUGCAAGGAAAGGAAUGCCCAAGGGGAGUUUGACAUGCAGCCCUGCAGGAAUCCUCAUGGGGG